AUUUGGUUCCGCGAAGGUUUUCAUCCAAAUGUGGGAAAAUCAAGAACAAGCAUUCAAGAAUCUCGGGUUAUUGAGAAAGUUCAGUCAUCCAAACAUAAUCAGACUCAUUGGAUAUUCUGCAUUAGAAAGUCCCGUUUUACUUGUCAUGGAAUACCUCUCUGGUGGAAUAUUACUAAGUUAUCUUAGGGUAGAAAGCGUAUCCAUUUCAAAGGGAAAAAGAAUUCAAAUGUGUAAGGAUGUUGCAAGUGGAAUGACUUACUUACACCAUAGAAGAUUCAUUCAUAGAGACCUUGCAGCACGAAAUUGCUCUGUGGAUGAUAAAAGGGUGAAGAUAUCAAACUUCCGGAUGACAGAAUUUGGUGAUGGAUAUCAAAUAACUAAAGGCAGUAACAUUCCAGUGAAAUGGACUGCACCAGAAGUUUUCCUGCUUGGAAAGUAUACAUUCUUUAGUGACGUCUGGAGUUUUGGAAUCCUGAUGUGGGAGAUAUUUUCAUCAGGAGAAUUACCUUAUGAAGGGUUCACAAAUGAAGAGAUAAUGGAAAAAGUUACAUCUGGGUACAAAAUGUCAGCUCCUAAAGGAACACCCAAGAAGUGCGAUGACCUGAUGUUAUCCUGUUGGAAACGCAACCCAGACAAUAGAUAUAAUUUUUCCAAAAUUGAAGAAAAACUCCAAGAAAUCAUGAAGAAACAUCAGACGAAACACUCCUAAACAUAUUUCAGACAUGUUGACGAAUCUGCCUGUUCUCGAAUAGGUCUGAAAUAUCGUCUUCACUAGAUGCUUGACAGUGCAAUUAACUACAUGAGACUUUAACAGGAUACAAAUAAGAAAGUACAGUACAUGUACAAACAUCAUCUUUCAUUUGCCAGAAACAUUGAUAGAAACUUUUAUUCGGUUUAAACGUUACUCACACAAAGUUUUUAUAAUUCAUAAAUCUAAUUAAAAUUGAUGUGUUUUUUUCAAUUUUCGUAAACAGUAGGUUUUUUUAAAUUGUCAUUCAAUUAAAGAGCAUGUUCAGAUUAAUGACAGGGGAUAUAUAAUUUCCCUCGAAAAUCACGAAAAAGUCAAAUGAAUCAUUUAACCUCAAGGUUCUCAUUUUUUUUCAUGGAUUUACAACUCA